CGGUAAUGUAAUAAAUUAGCAAUAUUAUAAUCUAUAUGAUUGGCUUUUCUAUAAAUCUUAAAUUCCUCGUAAAUUUAUGUGGAGUUUAAUAUAUAACACAAUGUGUUUUAUAUAUCCACAAACAUAAUGGAAAUCAAUGAACUAUGGUUAUGCUACAUUAAAAGAUGACGGAGUCUUAAUUCAGAAUUUAAAAAGUGAAGAUGAAGAUGAAAGAUUAUGUUUGUAAUUAUAUCAUUAUAUGGCCACAUAAUAAAAUAAAUAAUAAAACCUUAAUGGAUUAAAUAUUUUAGAAAUAGGAAGCGGAAGAGGAGGUGGAUUAGAAUAUAUAAGUAAAUAUUUAAAUCCUUUAAAAUGUGUUGGUGUAGAUUAUUCUGAAAACUAAGUAGCUUUUUGUAAAAAUUAAUAUGCAAAUAAUCAGAAAUUAGAAUUUUUUUAAGGAGAUUCCGAAAAUUUAGAUUAAAUAUAAGAAUUUACUCAUAAUAAUUUCGAUAUAGUUAUUAAUGUAGAAAGUAGUCAUUGUUAUGGAAGUUUUGAUAACUUUGUUAAUUAAGUUUGUAAAUUGUUAAAACCCUAAGGUAUUUUUUGCUUUACUGAUUUCAGAACAUUAAAUGAGGCUUAAAAUCUUUAAAAAUAUUUUGAAAAUCAUAAUUAAUUAGUAAUUAUUAAUAUAUAUACAUAUAUUUUAUAUAAUAAUAAGGAAUUAGUUGAAUAUGAAGAUAUUACAGUUAAUGUUUUAUAAAGUUUGAAAUUGGAUGAAAAAAGAAGAACUUAAUUAAUUGAAAAUAAUGUUAUCUUCUUUUUAAGACCUUUUUUCUGUAAAUUUAGUGGUUUAUAAGGCACUAGAAUAAAUUAAGAAUUUGCUACAAGAGAAACAAUAUAUGUAGCUUACUUUUUAAGAAGAAAAAAUAAUUGA